ACGAGUUAUGAACAUUGGACAGGAGCUUUGGGGAUCACGACGAUGCCCGAGCACACGCUUGGGCUGGUGACUGGCGCUGGAGCGUCCGAUGCUGCUUUUGGUGGGCACCCCUGGUGGCUGUUUCAUACCUAUCGCGUUUCGAAGCCCCGGGUGGGUAUCGCUCCUCCCCUUUUCAUUUUCCAGGCUCGCGGGUUUCGGGAAUUCCGCCCGGUGUUUUUCCACACGCCUGUCUUUUGGUCUGACAUCAAUGCGAGCGGGUCCUCCAGGGCCCAUUGUUUAUGCACCGGGUUUGGCAUCUUUUUACCUUUCUCCAUUGACAGCUGCGACUGGCGCCGGUGGCAUACCCUUCUUGUACCUACCAUUUUCUUCUUCUUGCUCCCGCGGACGGUGGUGCGGGCGCGCAGUCGUGUCCGACACUCAUCGUGUUCUGUUGAACGUGGAGUGGCGGACUUCGAUUCUUCCGAUGCCGCAGCACGACCGCGAUGGCCGGCGCCUCGUGCGUUCAACGUCGCCACCCACCACCGUACCCGGACUUGACUUGACGAGGGUUGCUGUUUUGUCGCGCACUUCUAGUUCCUUCUUGGAGCACAUGUUUACACGGGAGUGGUGUAUAAAUCCAACGAAAGCAAAUACGAAGUAAUGAUACCCAACAUUCUAUAUCCAGUAUUCAGGUCUACAACUCCAAUACAAAAAAAACCAUAUAUCAACCUCAUUCUAUGUGCGUUGAACAUUGUGAUGACAUGCUGAACAC